CGUUUCAGAUGAACGUCGCACUCUUGUGAAUGUAGUGGGAACGUAUUGAGAUGAUCCGCCUUCGCAAAGCAAAGUUCCUUAUUAUUUGGUUUUUGACCCGAAACCCUACUCAGCGGCUAUUGCUCCAAGCCUUUUUGUACGGUCCGAUUUUGUUUUCGUUAUAUUUGAUGUUUCGAGUACACCAAAUUAUGGAACAAGUUGAUUUGAAACUAAUAACAGGAUCCGAGGGAACAGUUGAACACAAAUAUUGGAAGCCGAAUGAUUCCUACAAUCUGACAAAUUACAUUCAAGAGUUUGAGGAAACAGCAUUAAUUAUGCCUUCUGGUCUAUGUAAACAAAAAUCAUUACUGACUGUUUUUGUGACAUCGCGUUUAGAUGGAUUCAAGACGCGCAAAGUAAUACGAGAAACCUGGGGCAAUUCGACCCGUUUUAACUACCCAGAGUUUAUCAAAAUGCAUGGUCACCUUAAAGGAUUAUAUAAACCUUUCUUACAAAGUCGUUUGCUUCUCUAUGCGGAGCACUUAAGGAGGGAAAAUUAUAGCCUGUAUGCUUCGGUACAAAUUGUAUUUAUAGUUGGGCGAAGCAAUUCACCCAGCUCAGACUCCACCUUGAGCAAACUUCAGCAAGAGGCUGGUCAGUAUAAUGACAUCCUUCAGGAGGAUUUCGUCGACACCUACAACAACCUUACUCUGAAGUCAGUUUUUGCAUUGAAGCAUGUCAACAAUAAGUGCUUCAAUAAUUCAGCAUACUUCCUUAAAACGGAUGAUGACUGUUUCGUUAACGUUCCAAACAUAAUACACUUCCUGCUCGGUGGCACUAUUCCUGCCUACCAGUCGCAUAGAAAAGGUCAAACUAGGCUUACGGCAACCAAAGGAGUCUUGAUGGGAUACGCAUUCUUUGGUAACAAACCAAUUCGAUACAGCUGCAGCAAAUUUUAUUUGCCCAACUAUAUUUACACGGAUACCAUGUACCCAUCAUAUCUGUCAGGUUCCGGAUAUCUUAUGUCGAUGGAUGUGGUGCAGCGAUUAUAUAAGGCUGCCUGGAGUACGAGAUUAAUUCACUUUGAAGAUCUCUUCAUUACGGGGUUUUGUUCUAUAGCUGCUCAAGUGAAACCGGUACACAGUCCACUAUUUGAUUUGAAGACCAUACAUAAAGCCUGCUUUAUAAAAGGGGGCGUUGUUCAACACGAUGUUGGGAUCGCCGGAAUGAAAGAUGUAUUUCAUAGAUUGACAAAUAAUAAAACGAACUGUGCGGUUAAGCGAUCCACCCGUAUACUGACUGUAUAUUGAUAUCUGAAAUAAAGAAUUCUGGAUUUAUGUGAAA